CAUAUUGGUGUAAGAGAGACGCCAUUUUGCAAGCGUCAUUCGGCGGCGUGUAAAGUUUUGUACUUUUAGCUUGAAAUUCAAAUAAAUUAAGCCAGAGACACAAUUUAAACUCUUAUAAAAUGUCGUAUCAGACGAGUGUAGGGCAAGAUUCGCUAGCAGCAGCGCAAUUAGAAAUAACCGGUAACCCUAACGCUUUGGCGCUUCGUCGCCCUUUCGAUCCUGUGGCUCAUGACUUGGAGGCGAGUUUUCGUCUAACAAGAUUUGCUGACUUAAAAGGAAGAAGUUGUAAAGUACCUCAGGAUGUUUUAUCCAAACUCGUGGAAUCUCUUCAACAAGAUUACUCUCAACAGGAUGAGUUUAUGCAUGUGGCGAUCCCGCGAAUCGGUAUCGGCUUAGAUUGCUCAGUUACACCACUUAGACACGGAGGCCUUUGUUUGGUUCAAACUACGGACUUCUUUUACCCUCUCGUUGACGACCCAUACAUGAUGGGAAAAAUUGCAUGUGCCAACGUUUUGAGCGACUUGUACGCCAUGGGAGUUACAGAAUGCGACAAUAUGCUAAUGCUGUUAGGAGUAUCCACUAAAAUGACUGAAAAGGAACGAGAUGUCGUGAUUCCCCUGAUUAUGAGAGGCUUUAAAGAUUCUGCUCUAGAAGCUGGUACUUCUGUGACCGGUGGACAAACAGUCAUUAAUCCCUGGUGUACCAUUGGAGGGGCUGCAUCAACAAUAUGCCAACCUAAUGAAUACAUUGUACCCGAUAAUGCUGUCAUGGGAGAUGUCCUUGUUUUAACUAAACCCCUUGGCACUCAAGUUGCAGUUAAUGCUCACCAAUGGCUUGAUCAACCAGAGCGCUGGAAUAGAAUUAAGUUAGUUGUAUCUGAAGAAGAUGUGCGUAAGGCAUAUCACCGUGCUAUGGACUCUAUGAGUAGACUAAACCGUAUUGCUGCUAGACUUAUGCACAAAUACAAUGCUCAUGGUUCAACUGAUGUUACAGGAUUUGGUUUACUUGGUCAUGCUCAAAACCUUGCUUCCCAUCAAAAGAAUGAAGUUUCUUUUGUUAUUCAUAAUUUGCCAGUUAUUGCCAAGAUGGCAGCAGUUGCUAAAGCAUGUGGUAAUAUGUUCCAACUAUUGCAAGGUCAUGCACCAGAGACUUCAGGUGGAUUACUUAUCUGUUUGCCAAGAGAACAGGCUGCAGCAUACUGUAAAGAUAUAGAGAAACAAGAAGGAUACCAGGCGUGGAUCAUUGGUAUUGUAGAAAAGGGAAACAGAACUGCUAGAAUUAUCGACAAACCAAGAGUAAUUGAAGUUCCCGCUAAGGAUUAAAUUAAAUAUAUUAACCUAUAAAUAACUAUAAUAAAUUUAAUUUGAUAUGAGCUGGAUACAUUCAUUUUAAAAUAAUUAAAAGCUUGUUCAACCAUAAAUACUUUUUUGUAUACUUGCUCAGUGUAAGAUUAAUUGAGAGUUAUAACAUGUCUGUAAAUGCUUUUAGCUAAUUUUCCUAGGGUUUGAAUGUUACUUUUGUAAGUUACAAUUGAAAGAGGAUGCUGUUUGGUAAAUUUAAUUUUACAUUCUGACAUAAGUAUAAUUAGAAUAAAGUUAUUUUCAAUCUA